AUGAAUGAAAUCUACGCCAUAGUGGAGCAGUAUUUCGAUGUCUUCUAUCCGGUGGUUAUCUCCAUUGUGCCGAUCGGUUAUCUCCACCACGAUGAACGGUUUUCUUCGUUUGAUGAAGAAUGGCUUUCUCUCAUCAUCAUCAACGUUUGUUGUGGGAUAGUUUCCGGUAAGUUUCUCUUGUGGAAUAUAUGGCAAGUAAUGUUUUGGUGUCUUUAUGGUUUAUGUAUCAAAUUAUAA